CACAUUACCCCAGGUUCGGAAUCAGGACCAAACAUAAUUAAAUAUUAAUUACCUAAAUAACUCAAGACCAUGAAUUAAUUAAAAAACAAAUAAUAAUUGGAAAGAACUAAUCAAUCAAUUAGUAUCCCUUCUAAUCUAAUCCUUCCUCUGUUUCCAUUACAAAAUUAAAACAUCCUCGGAUCCGAUCUCAUCUUAGGGGGAAAAUUUCACAGAGCAGAGCACAAGCUUAUUCGCAAAUCCCAUGUUAAAAAUUUCAUUUCUGCUUUGCUUUGAGACAGAUACAGUGAAGAGAAGAGAAGAGAAGUGAAGCUGCUACCAUAGAUAUGGCAGCACAGAUUGCUACAACCAAAGACUAGGACUCUUCCCCUAAGUCAUCUGUUCUUUUUUUUUUUGCCCCCUUCAAGGGUCUGUGCAUGCAUUCACGAUCAGAUCUUCAACUCACCGUUGGAUCAAGAGCGUGCUAUCCCUGAUGUCAGUGUCUAAUCAAUCAUCCCUGCCGUCUUCAUCAUCUUCUAUGGAUUUUGAUCCUUUAUUGAAGGAUUUGAAUGAGAAGAAGCAGAGUUUCCGGCGUAACGUGGUGUCGCUGGCGGCGGAGUUGAAGGAGGUUAGAAGCCGUUUGGCGUCGCAGGAGCAGUCAUUUGCUCAAGAAACCCUAACAAGACAGGCAUGUGAUUGCUGAUGGAAGCGGAGACAAAGGCAAGGCACAUGGAAGAGGAAAUAUUUAAAUUGCAGACGAGGUUAGAGGAGAGAAAUGGGCAGCUUCAAGCUUCAGCCUCUGCUGCUGAGAAGUAUCUAAGGGAAUUGGAUGAUCUUAGAUCACAGCUUUCUGUGACACAAGCAACUGCUGAUGCUAGUGCAGCAUCAGCUCAGUCAGCGCAACUGCAGUGUGUAACAUUGUUAAAGGAGUUGGAUGAGAAGAAUAACUCAUUGAAGGAGCAUGAGGAUCGUGUAACUAGGUUAGGAGAGCAACUAGAUAAUUUGCAGAAGGAUCUCCAGGCUAGGGAAUGUUCGCAAAAGCUGCUGAAAGAUGAGGUCUUGAGAAUUGAGCAUGAUAUCAUGCAAGCUGUUGCUAGGGCUGGAGCAAAUAAGGACUGUGAGCUCAGGAAACUUUUGGAUGAGUUUUCUCCCAAGAAUUUUGAAAAGAUUAAUAAGCUUUUAACUGUCAAGGAUGAAGAAAUAACCAAACUGAAAGAUGAAAUUAGGAUUAUGUCAGCGCACUGGAAGCUUAAAACCAAAGAACUGGAAUCACAGUUAGAGAAACAGCGGCGAGCUGAUCAAGAACUGAAAAAGAGGGUGUUGAAGUUGGAAUUUUGUCUCCAGGAAGCUCGUUCUCAGACACGAAAACUCCAAAGGAUGGGAGAGCGAAGGGACAAAGCUCUGAAAGAACUUAGAGAUCAGCUGGCAGCAAAACAACAAAGCGGAGGUGUUGGUGCUGAGAAACAGAAUUUCUGGGAAACAUCUGGUUUCAAGAUUGUAGUCUCCAUGUCAAUGCUGAUCUUGGUGGUGUUUUCAAAGCGGUGAUUUCAUUUAGUUAUGUAGUUAUUGUGUAUAAUAAAAUACCUGAGGAGUUUAGGAAAGCUGUAGAACCAUUCCCUUUGUAGAAAGGCUUGUAGAUGUAGUACAGGAGAUUUUUUCGUAGUAUCAGUCGAAAUGCCUGUCUAUCCUCAUUCUGAGCGAGAUUGAGGAGGUGACUUGAGUGUUAUAGCAACAUGCAUGACAAUUUUUUCUUCCUUUUCCAUUAUGGAUUAUUAGCUGUACUGCGCACCAUCAUGAUGACGCAACUUUUAUCAAUUUUGUGUUGCUGCCAUGACAUGUGAUAUGAAGUAGGGGAUAGAAGGAAAAAAUAUCUACCUUAAUAAAA